UGGCAUCCGGGUGCCUGCGCCAUAUUAACAGACAUGGCGGGUCACAUCUCGGGAGAGUGAUGGUUAUAUUUGUAAGCGACUAAACCACGAAAAUUAGCACGUUUAAAGGUGAUUCAAGUGUCUUUAUGAACCACUACCAAUGAUCGCAGGGCAAUGAAGAGUGUCAAAAUGCCGAACGUCGCAAAGAAUAGCCAGUCUGAUGGACAAAAAGUUGAGAAAGUAAGUGCUGAACGCGACUACGGGAAACUCUCGUCAACUCCCCAAUCGUCAGGAUCGAGCCCGAGGAAAUCCGACGAGAACAAUUACAGUAACUUCAUGCCAACCACAAGCUCGUCCGAUAGCGAGGAAGAAGACGAUGUUUCGGAGGUGAGCUCCUUUGUGAUAGAAAACAAUGAUUUCGAAGAUUUGUGCAAGACCUCCGAAAAAUACCUUGAGAGGAACGCGUCGUUGCCAGAAGACUCGGAACACCAUGAAAGAACAGUGGAUCCUGAAACACAAGCCAGACUGGAGGCACUGCUAGAAGCAGCUGGUAUAAGUAAGCUAUCCUCUUCUGAUGGAAAGGCGCUCGCAGACCCUGAGGUUUUGAGACGCCUGACAUCAAGCGUUUCCUGCGCACUGGACGAAGCGGCGGCAGCCCUCACCAGAAUGCGCCACGACAACCCCAGAGCGCCGCAGCAGGAAACCAGAUCACUGGUUGAAGCUUGCUCCGGCGGUGAUGUUUGCACCGUCAGGAAGUUGCUUUCAGAAGGGCGAAGUGUAAACGAAACAACCGAGGAAGGCGAGAGUCUGCUUUCCCUAGCCUGCUCAGCGGGGUACCUAGAGCUUGCCCAGGUCCUUUUGGCGAUGAGCGCGGGGGUCGAGGACAGAGGAAUCAAAGGAGACUGCACGCCUCUCAUGGAGGCAGCCUCGGCAGGCCAUGCAGACAUUGUCCAGCUGCUCAUUGACAAUGGUGCCGACGUCAAUGCACAAUCGUCCACAGGAAAUACACCUUUGAUGUAUGCUUGUGCUGGCGGCCACCUAGAAGUCGUUGAAAUCCUUCUGAAGUCACAUGCCAACGUGGAGGACCACAAUGAGAAUGGGCACACGCCCUUGAUGGAGGCCGCGAGCGCCGGCUACGUGAACGUAGCCAAGAUUUUGCUGGAUAACGGCGCCGGGAUAAACACGCACUCCAAUGAGUUCAAAGAAUCCGCCCUCACCCUAGCUUGCUACAAAGGCCACCUAGAAAUGGUCCGCUUUCUUUUGGCUGCUGGAGCAGAUCAAGAGCACAAAACGGAUGAAAUGCAUACGGCCUUGAUGGAAGCGUCAAUGGAUGGACACGUCGAGGUUGCCAGGUUGUUGCUGGACUCAGGGGCACAGGUGAAUAUGCCAACUGAUAGCUUUGAAUCACCACUCACCCUGGCAGCGUGUGGUGGUCAUGUUGACCUGGCCCUUCUACUCAUUGAAAGAGGAGCAAACAUUGAGGAGGUUAAUGACGAAGGCUACACCCCGUUGAUGGAAGCGGCAAGAGAAGGGCACGACGAAAUGGUAGCUCUACUCUUGGGACAAGGAGCCAACAUCAACGCUCAAACAGAGGAAACUCAAGAAACUGCUCUGACAUUGGCAUGCUGCGGUGGUUUUGUUGAGGUGUCUGAAUUCCUAAUCAAGGCCGGUGCUGACAUCGAGGCGGGCGCGUCCACGCCUCUGAUGGAAGCGUCGCAGGAGGGGCACAUUGACCUGGCGCGCUACCUGCUGACGGUGGGGGCCAACGUAAACGCCACCACCUCGACCGGAGACACGGCACUCACCUAUGCUUGCGAGAACGGCCACACGGACGUAGCUGAACUGCUUCUGCAGAAUGGAGCCGACCUUGAACACGAGUCUGAAGGGGGCAGGACGCCCCUGAUGAAGGCUUGCAGGGCCGGCCACCUCUGCACGGUUCAGUUCCUCGUGUCCAAGAACGCCGACGUCAACAGACAGACCACCAACAAUGACCACACCCCUCUGUCCCUGGCAUGCGCUGGAGGCCACCAAACAGUCGUCGAGUUCCUCCUUGCCAACCACGCUGAUCCUUUCCACAAGCUGAAGGAUAACUCAACAAUGUUAAUUGAGGCGUCGAAGGGUGGGCACACACACGUCGUCCAUAUGAUCCUCGACUAUCCAAAUAGUGUGAUGACCCAGCAGCAAGUUGCCAUCGCCACUGCUGCGGCAGCAGCAGUCGCACCCCAUCCGCCUGGCUCCCUGAGCAACUCAAGCACCCAGCCUCCAUCCCCUGCCCCCACGCCGACCGCCACCCAAUCCACCCCUGGCCUUCACGAAGUGCCAGAGGCGGUCAGAGCGGCAGCACCCCCUAUCGAGGACACCGCACCGGCGCCUUCUUCCGCGACCGCCACCACUCCCGUGAAUGCGGCCAAGAGUGGCAUGUCUGCGGCGGUCCAGGGCAAAAGCUCCGCGCAGAAGUCAGCAGUUCGCAAAUCAAGACCUGGCAGCACUCAGGAAGGCUCGCCUCCAGCGACGCAGGAUGUCGACAAGCGGUUCGUCACGCUGGCAGAGACUGAGUUCUUGGCCCAAGGGCUGGACCCUGAGCUGCUCUCUCAAAAGAGUAUGACGCAGUUGAAAGACUUGGAAUCCAAACUCAAACUUGAGGAGGAGAAAAACCUGCAAAAGAAGAUCAUGGAGGAGUUGCAAAGGGUGGAGGAAGAGUUGGUCAGCACGCCGCACAAGUUGCUCGGAGAACCCGCACCUACCACCCAACAAGCAGCUGAACUUCCACCUUCAGGCGCACCGUCAUCGUCAGGAUCGUCGUCGUCUGCUUCACCACCUGCCACCAAGGUCAAAGUCCUUGACAUUCCGUUUGAAGAUAUCAAUAAGGGGAUCACCAACAUCAGCCUACCAACAGACCUGACCUUCAGCAGUUUGCCCCCGAAUUUCUUCUCGCCGCUCUGCGCUACCACGCUGCCAGUGAGCUUUUAUGGGAGUCCCGCCAGUAAGGUGGCACCCCAACUGGGCCAAUCACUCAGCGCCUUGAGCCAGCAGGGCAUCGACCUUGGUGCUAUGGCUAAUCAAACAGGAUUUUCACUAGCAUCGAUGCCUUCUAUUAGCUUCCAAGCACCUACUGCUGUGACCUCUGCCUCGACGACUUCCAUCCAAAACGCCCCUGUCCCGACUGCUGCCCAGAUUCUUGGGGACGUGCCGACCAGCUUCCACGCUGCGGCGGCAGCGGCCCCGGACUCGACCACCAUUGGCUUCAAUCUCGCCUCACCAACCACGAUCCAAGACCGGCCUAAGGCGAAACCUGUUUCCAAGAAAGAUGGAAAAAGCCGAAUCAACAAGCAGCAGCUGGCUGCCUUGCAACUUCAUCAGAUCACGCAACUGAACCAACAACUGCAGGCUCACGUCGCAAACCAACCACCGAUCAGCGAGAUCGCGGGAAGUGACGUCAAGGUAGCUAACGAAGCGCAUGCAAAAUCAUUGAUGCAGCAAACUGCCCACACGCAACAAACGCUGCAGCAGCUCCAUCAGUUACAGAACCAACUGAAGCAGCUUGAAGAGACUGGCAUUGGUGGUGCAUCCCAAAGCCAGAUCCACCAGAUCCUUCAAAAACACAUAAAGCAGAGCUCCAAGGGUAGAGACGGCAAGUGCAGUCAAGUCGCCAAGGAAGAGGGGGACAAGGAUGACAUCUCUGUUGAGGAAACCUUCAUUGAGGAAAAGACGGCGGAUCUCUUGGCGGCCUUGCAACUGCAAUUUGAUCAGAAGUCGAUGGAUACCUCUUUGUCAUACCAGAAAGCUGUCGAGGAGGCUCUCAACAUGUCCAUGUUGUCGCCUCAGCCCACCCAACAACCUGGGCUCCCCGGCAGUCAAACCAUCAACAUCCAGUUUCCCGCACCUCCAGCCUUAGACGCAAGCGAAGCCGUUGCCAGAAAUGCAGCUAUUCAAAGGCUCGAUUACAUCCCAGUCAAGAUGCAGCUAAAGCAAUCUAAUGAAAUCAUUGUGCCUGGAACAAAUAUUCACAUGUCCUACCAACUGCCUAUGAAUCAACCGGCUGUCAGUCUGCCAGCAAAUGCAUUUGUUCAAGCUGCUGUCCCGUCAGAAGAAUCUAACCUGUUUGCAAGUGGCAGUGGCCCUCCAGGGCAGGCUCAACUACAAGCUAUCAGCUCUCGAUUAGCUCAAGCUUCGGCUAGCCUUGGUGGCUUGAAACCACACAAGAUUCCUAUGCUACCACCACAGAUAGCCACAGCUCCUCAAACCCCUGAAGGAGGAGUGACGCCGACAUCUGUGCCGAGCAGUGGCAGUAGAUCUUCCUCGACCAGCAGCGUCAGCGGAAGCGACACCAAGCAGACUGUGACCUCGUCGACCACCGCGGCCGCCACUGUGUCCACGAGCACGCAGUCAACCACAAGCAUUGCUCCCUCUGUGACGCAGGCGGCCACGCAGACGCCGAACAAGAAAAAGGGCAGCAAGAAAAAUGCCAUCCUCGCUGCGGCCACUCAGCCGAUCCGCCCGACUCUAACGGCGGCGGCGGUGGCCGCUCAGCAGCAACCAGUUGCUGUGAAUCAGCAACAGCAGCAUGCGCACCACCACCAUCAACAGUUAGUUGAAGAUGACAAAACUCUGCUGGCACAGCAUCAAAAUAUCAUGCAGAACUAUCAGUAUGACGCAACCACAGGAGUGCCCAUAUACCAGAACGGAACGACGCCUUACUCGUGCGCACCUUGUCCUCAGCAGUUCCACGGAAUCGAUGUUGACUCUGAAACUGACAGCAACCACGACACAGCUCUCACGCUUGCGUGUGCGGGAGGUCAUGAAGACCUGGUGGAGCUGUUGCUCAGUAGGGGCGCCAAUAUUGAGCAUCGUGAUAAAAAGGGAUUCACCCCCUUGAUACUUGCUGCGACUGCGGGCCAUGAGAAGGUGGUGAAAAUCCUUCUGGACCACCACGCAGACAUUGAGGCCCAAUCUGAAAGAACCAAGGACACGCCCCUCUCUCUAGCGUGCUCUGGAGGCCGAAUCGAAGUGGUCAGCCUUCUCCUGUCUCGCAACGCCAACAAGGAGCACAGGAACGUGUCCGACUACACUCCUCUCAGUCUCGCCGCUUCGGGAGGCUACGUCAACAUAAUUAAACUGCUUCUCAACGCCGGCGCUGAAAUCAACUCGCGCACAGGCAGCAAGCUUGGCAUUUCUCCUCUUAUGCUCGCGGCAAUGAAUGGACACACAGCUGCGGUGAAGCUACUCCUUGACAUGGGCAGCGACAUCAACGCCCAAAUAGAGACAAAUCGCAACACUGCUCUGACGCUUGCCUGCUUCCAAGGCCGAAACGAGGUGGUCAGCCUCCUCCUUGACCGCAAAGCCAACGUUGAGCACCGUGCAAAGACUGGCCUCACGCCACUCAUGGAGGCGGCCAGCGGCGGUUACGUUGAGGUCGGUCGCGUACUCCUGGACAAGAACGCUGAUGUCAACGCCACACCCGUCCCCUCGUCCAGGGACACAGCCCUCACAAUAGCGGCCGACAAGGGCCACGUCCGCUUUGUUGAGCUGCUGUUGACCCGCGGGGCCCAAGUGGAAGUGAAGAACAAGAAGGGCAAUUCUCCCCUUUGGCUAGCAGCCAACGGUGGCCAUCUGAGCGUCAUCGAAAUGCUGUACAACCACUCUGCCGACAUCGAUUCGCAGGACAACAGGAAGGUGUCGUGCUUGAUGGCCGCCUUUAGGAAAGGCCAUGUCAAGGCUGUCAAGUGGAUGGUCCAUCGGGUCAACCAGUUUCCCAACGACCUGGAAAUGUCCAGAUACAUGUCGACAAUUAAUCCUAAUGAGAAGGAGCUGCUAGAAAAAUGCGACGAGUGUGUUAAAGAAAUCCGAUCUGCUAAAGAACUGCAAGCUACUAAAGCCAGCCAGAACGCGGACAACCUCUUGGAAGAACUUGACAUGGAGAAAAAUCGCGAGGAGUUGAAGAAAGCUGCGGCAGCUAGGAGGCGAGAACGCAAGAAGAAAAAGAAGCUGGAAAAGAAAGAGGAGAAGCAGCGCAAGCAGGAUGAAAAUGACGGCGAUGACAAAGAGAGCGGAGAUGAGGACGACAAAGACAAUGAACCUCAAGAAAACGAGGAGACUAACAAGGUGGCUCUGCAGAAUGAGAACGCCGCUGAGGUUGCUCCCAGAAAUGAAGUGCUCGUGGACAAAGAAGAAGGCGAUAGCGGUAUUGACGCUAAUAGCCAGGGCAGUUGCAGCAGCAAUGACGUCAAGAACAAAGAUAAGCGGAAGGAGAAGAAGAAAAAGAAUAAGGCGGCCAUGUCACCUCCAGGUGCUGGAGCUAAGAGUGACAAAGAAAACUCUCCCGAGCCACUCUUGGAGAAGGAGGCGCCAAAGUCGAAGCAAGCUUCUCCUCUCCCUGUUUCUAAAGACAUCAAGGCUUCUACCGUGGCGCCCAUUCUGCCAGCGGAGAAGCCUGUCCCGACGCCUGUGGCUGCCCUGCAUACCGCAACUGAAUCAAACACAGUUAGCGGCAAACAACGAGUAAACAGCAGAGCCAACAAGAUCCCGCACCUCAUGUUUGAGGCUACUCCAAAACCGCAACAACAUCCCGCUGAGAGAGAAGACUUUGAGGCGACUGGCAAUGAGACGUACAUCCCGUCGUCCAAGAGUAAAAAAUCAUCCUCUCAUCUCAGUGCAUCCAACCAAUACUGUGAUCCUGAAGUGCAAGCUUCUGCCAAAAGCUCGGCGGGCCCCAAACAAGGCGGAAAGGAUGGAUGGAACACAGUUACACGAAAGUACUUCAACUCACCUUUCAAAUCAAAGAAAGUUACUGUGCCCUCCAACGCCAUCAGCAGAGUUAUCGGCAGAGCAGGCAGCAACAUCAAUGCCAUCCGAAACGUAACUGGGGCCCAUAUUGAGGUGGACAAACAGAACAAGGGUCCCGGAGACAGAACCAUCACCAUCAAGGGAUCUCCUGAAGUCACAAAGCACGCGCACAACCUGAUUUCCGCGCUCGUCAAGGAUCCAGACGCAGACCUAAAUACAAUUCUGCCCAACGUAACAGCUGCUGCGACCAAGAAAAACGCUGCGGCGGCUGUCACAGCCAGCAGUGCAACUUGGACGGCGGAAGUUACGAAGGCGGCCGCCUCUGCAAUGAAGAGCAGCAAGGCCGCGAACUCGACCACUACUCUCAAGCCUAUACCGUUGUCUUCCCAAACGAGCGGCGCCAUCAAGCAAAAUGUGGUAGCGAACGCACAGUUGCAGAAGCUUGGCUGGACCCUAGACAGCAAGCCCGAACUUCCGGCGCUUGAGUCGAUGCCGGCGGCGGCGGGACUGACACCUCUGGUGCGGAACCCCACCAACGCCAAGGGCGCGUCCGGAGCGUCCACGUCUGGCAGUCGAGGUGGCAGCACCGCGCCCAGACACGUGGCCGCCGCUGAGAAGAGGGCAGCCCUAGCAGCCGCAGCAACCUCCAACACCAAGACCACCAUGUCGUACACUACGGCCAUCAUGACUGCGGGCAGGCCGACCAAGAUCACGGCCACCACCACGCAGACGUUUGCCGCCAAGCUGACUGAGAGUGCUGCCCCAACGGCCACAGCUGCAGCUAACCCAGCCGCCCCCGCCGCCUCCUCGCAGCCAAAGCAGUCCCGGGGAGCGGCCACGUCCGUGCCCCUCGCGGCCACAGCGCCACCUUCGCCCAGUAAGCCGGCAGCAUCCCGCGCCUCCACAGCUGGCAUUCCGUCACUCAUUGACGCGGUCACAAUUGUGAAGCCCCUAAUGGCUGAGUCCGUACCCAACGGACCACCGGUGCCCACAGUCCACAGCCAGCAGGGUAGGAAAACGCCGCAGGACCAGCAGCCCAUCCAAGCGCCGCAGCAGCAGCAGCAACCGAUCGCCAGGCCUGCCAGCCAGACUGAUACUCCCCAAUACUCGCUCUUUGACAACAAGCCGUCAUGGGUGAACGAUCCAAGCCAGAAAAACAUGAACUUCGCCAGCGUCGCGGCCGCAGGUGGAGCAGCCGCCACAGUGCAGACGAUCGCACAGCCCAAAUUCAUGGAAACGCCGCUCACGCCUGUAGCGGACGUAAACAAAGCUCCUGGCUAUCGGGGUAACCACAACAUGCAGUCACCCGUGCUGUCUAAAGCUGGGAUGAUUACGUCGCAAUUAACGAACUACAAGAACGUCGGACCGUCGUACAGCAGUGAGCCAGCGGCGCCGAUCAACAUGAACACGUCGUCCAACUCGAAGGCAACGCAACCGAUCGGCCGACCGAGCAGCCACGGCGAAAUCGGCCGACCGAGCAGCCACGGCGAAAUCGGCCGACCGAGCAGCCACGGCGAAAUCGGCUUGCCUCCCGUCCCGCACAUGAUGACAGAGAGGACGUCGGGCCACCUGCUUCUGCAGUCCGCCUCCAACAUGGAGCCGCCGCCUAGUCAGCAGCAGUACACCGUGGCGCCAUCCUCCGGCUACGAACACCCGUCGCCCAUGCUCAAUGUGGUGCAGCCGCUUGUCAGCCUCCAGGAGGUGGGCCAGCAGAACAUGAUGCAACCCUACCAGCAGUCGCAGCAGCUCAACGCGGCGCCCAACAUGGCUACGCACUACCAGAGCGGAGUCGCCGCCAACCAAGCGUCCGCGGCCUCCAUGUCUCCGCCCAGCAUGCAUUCCAGACUCAAUCCGAGGGCCACCGACUUCUCGAGCUCACUUCACGCCAUGAGCGGCAAGCAACAGCCACAGCAGGCGUCGCAGACGAACGUUCAGCAGCCGCCGCCGCACCAGCAGAUGCCUCCUCACGCGAUGCAGCAGAUGUACAACAUGCACGGGGGCCAGAACAGCUCGACCUCUCUGAUCCUGAACCAUUACAAGCCUAUGAGUGCAGGAGGCUCGUUCCACAGGGGCGGCGGCGGUCCGCCCGGCCACCACCAGCUGCCACCGACGCGCUGGCCGCAGGACAUCCUCAACAUCAUGCCCGGGGGCAACAUGGCGCCCGAGCUGCUCGGCAUUGAGAACGGAGCCGCGCACAUGCACCACGGCUCGCCGAGCAACAUGUCGCCGUCGGCCAACAACAACUCUCCUCCGGUCGACCAGCACACCGGCGUGCAGCAGCAGAUGAAGAAGCAGCACGGUGCCAUGGCUGAUGAGAACCGAGGCAAACUCCACCCCAUUGGUUCCGAGAGGCUGUGGAAGGCAAACUCCAACGCCGAGCCACCCGACUCCUGGGCCAUGCAGCAGAACCCGACCAGCUGGAAUAACAUGCCGCAGAACCCACGCUACAUGAACCGUACCAUGCUCACAAGAGAUGACAUGGACCCGAACUAUCACAACAUGCCUGACGGAUCGCACGGCUACAUGAACGGCGGGGCGCCAACCAUCAAUAUGAUGCAGCACGGUGGCAUGUACAUGCCGCCGUACAUGCAGGGAUUCGCCGACAUGGGUCCUGACGUGAUCGGCAAGAUAGAAGGCCCCAGUUGGGAUCAGGCUGCGCGAACGGGAAUGACGGACUUGCCAGACAAGUCUCAAGGCUGGACGAAUUGGAGCAAAUAAGAAGAUCAAAGUGGUAGCUGCAGCACGACGAAGCGAGCAAGACAUGAAUAGUCGAUGCCACGAGCGUUUACUAUCACGUUUUUUAACACAACCAAGAAUAAAAUCCUACCAUCCGUAGUUAAUCCGAUCAAAAUGUUGGAGAAAAAAGAUACAAACCACUGCGCUUUGUCCACUCUUCUCAUAGCCCUGGGAUCCAAAAAUGUUUGUAGCCUGCUUAGGACGACCCAUUACUGAUAAUUUGCAUUCUCACAAGACCGCUUCGGACGCUGCUUGGUUUCCAACUCGACCACUUUCUUUACGCAAUUUUUUUUCUAGACGAUACAUACACUGAUGGAAUGGUCACCCCGUGUCACGUGUUUGCUUACGUUAGCUUUUUCGAAAAUUGUAAGGUAAAAAACCAUGUUGUGGCUGCCCAGCCACGAGUACGAUAAUAUCAAUUCGCAAACAGAGCGGCAAGAAGUGUCGUCGGCUUUACUCGGCAGUGGGCAGCAGCCCGCGCCGACGCCGACCGUUUUGUUCUCGUGUUGGCUGGCCGAGCCGGGCAGCCUCGUCCUGAUGCACCGGACGAGCGCCCGCCCGCCCGCCCGCUCGCGCACCAGCCACCCCCACCUAUAAUUGCUCUCCCAUUUCAAUUACCUUGAUAAUUAUUAUCUCACAGAGUGUGCAAAUACAGUGUAGAUGAUGGGAUGGGUAUUAAAGAACAGUUGUCAAAACCACUUGUCUCUUUCUCUCACGCAAACAAACACACACUCGCGUCUGUGACGACGAAACAUCCUGCUCAUAUAUAUGUAGCUAACCCUGACUAGUGGCUUACUAUCUUUUUUAGUUUUUAGCGUGUCUCUCGGCUGAGCGCCAGCUCCUUUCCUUUUAUUGAGUCAGGCGGUCCUGCAACUCGGGCGCAUUUUUUGUAGCAGGAUUAAUUUUUCAGAUCAUGAUUCACAUUAUCGUUCUAGAAAUGAUACACUGUAUAUUUAUUUUUUACUAUUAAUUGUAUCUCCUGUGUUUAAUAUUACCUUGCAUGAUUGAUAAUUACUAGUUUAAUUGAAUAUGAAUUAGAAAGGUGACCACUGAGGGUCGCAAUGCCGUGUAUAAACCGUUCGCUUGUAAAAUAUUUAAAAUAUAUCUACACAAUAAAUGCACUUGA